AUUAACCAAAAAUUUUACUUUUCACCUGACAUAAAAGGGAAAUUACGAAAAAUCCUCUACGAAAGGAAAAAAAAAUUUAGAUUUUGUUUUGUAAAAUCAUUCGUCUUCGUUUACAUAUAAAAAAAAAAGAAAACAAAACAUUCACCCAAAAAGGUAAAUGGCCCCACCACCGGCUAUGAUAGGAGGCAUUAUAAACAAAAACAAACCCAAAAUGCUAGACCAACAUGGCCAUCCAUUGAAAUUAAUGGAUAUCGCCAGCAGACGAAGUCUGCGAGGACUAAAACGUUGUCCAUCCUGUGGCACUUUUAAUGGCAAUCGCAGUCAAAUGUGUCGCAAUCUACAAUGCGAGUUGAGGAAGCAAAUCCUCAAUACAAAAAAGUCCAUGGAUCCAAUUCAAUUAAUCUCACACACAGAUUCCAAAAUGUACAGUGUUCGCAUUAAGGAACGCGACUGUGCUCCUAGGAACUUUGUCCAAAUCACUGACUCUUACACUCAAGAUGGUGAAAGUUUACUGAUUAAACGAAAAGCCAUUUGUUUCGUUGACACUUGUAAAUACGAUUCCAAGGAUGUGGAUAUUAGUUGCAAACAUGUGAAAGCAACUUCGGAAUGCGUUAAGAUUGCCGAAGAAUUCACAAUCAAUUAUGACGCUCUUUGGAAUCUUCCAAUUGAUGUUGAACAAAAAGUUCGUCUAUGGGAUAUGUAUAAAGAAGAGGAAUCUGCUGUUCCAGCAGUUCAGCGAAUAAACAAUGCCACAUUUGUCACAAAGUGUGCCAGUUCAAAUAUCUUCCCAUCGGGAAGACUUCAUGUCACUGCUUUGACUAACGAUAAGAAGAUAGAAAACCAAACAUUCUCGUGUGCCUGUAAAAAGCUUAAGAUUCUAAUGUCACCAAAUGAUUCGGUGUCGGUUAAGGAAGACAUUUGUGAUCAUUUGGUCUUGGUGCUGGCUGCGGUGUUGAGCAGAUCGGCAGGAUCUCCAGCUGCUAAUGAAUUCAGUAACUUCACUAAGGAGUUGAUGUCGGCGUGGAUUACUGAAACAAUUAAACCCGAGCCAGUGAUAGUGGAAAAUACCUCUGCAAAUGGGGAUAUAUUCAUAUUUGACAAUGAACUCCUGCCUACUGAUGACUUAUCGGAUUUUACUGAUAAUAUUCUAAAAUCAGUGCUUAACGACGAGAAUGCCAACUCAAAUACUCAUCAAAAUAUGUACCAAGGUGAUCCGAGUAUGGUUUCUGGGUGUACAACAGACGAUGCAGAUAUCCCUUUCGAGGCUAUCAGUUGCAUUGAUGUGAUGAACGAACAAAAUACUCGUUUAGAAUUAAGUGAUUGCAAUAUUGAGUUAAUGGAUCAAUUUGAGUUGACAAAUCAAAUUGAUUUGUGCAACAAUGGAGUUAUUCUCUCCAAUGAUGAUCUCUUUCAAGGAAACAGCAUUGUUAUGCCUGAUUUAUCAGAUACAAUUAUUGAUGAUUUGAUUGUUGCGCAAAAUCAAACGCAGCAAAUUCAACCAUCACAGUUGAUGUUGCCAAUUACUCCAUUGCCAAUUGUUGAGAAUACAAGUGCUACUGUGAGAAUUUCCAAGAAGAAACCGAAAAAAAUUAAUCUCUCUCAAAGUCCUAAAAAGGCGGUUGAUGUUGUUCCGGUUUUAGAUGUCGCGAAGAGAUUAAGUUCUGGGCCAUCGUUGGAAUAUGUGAUGUGGCUGGAUCAUGUCAUUGAGUGUAUUAACAUGAAUGUUGAUUUCAAUUUAAAGGAACCAAAUGUUUCGCUUAAUUUUAAUGUGCAUGAGGAUGUCUUCGCCCACUUUAGCGCCAGUUUUACAAAUGGUGUCAAGUGUCGCCUCCCAAAUAGCACAGUGGUUAUAAAAAAGGGUAAAUUCAAAGGACUUCUAAAAUACACAUGGAUUUUACAAAAUGCAUCUAAAGUUCAGAAUAUUUUUAAAACAAAAAAUAUGGCCGUUGAAGUGGAAAGAAAAUUCCAACCCAAUGGCGAUAAAUACGUUCCUUAUGUGGAAGAAAAAUGUGAUAUUAUUGUAGUCAAUAAGAAGUUUAAGAAAAUUUGUCCCAAAAUGUAUGUUGCACAUAUUUGGUUUGACUGUAGUAAUAAUAAUCAAAAAACUGGAUUUAAAAUCGAGUGGGUACCGAAUGUCUUUCCAAAAAGUGGUUUUGGCGUAUUGAAUAUUGAGUUCUCUAUUGGAUUGAGACACUAAAAAAUGUGCUUCGUGUAUUAUAAUAAUUAUGAUUAGGUUUAAGAUAUUAUGUAAUAUUUCCAUAUUUUUAAGAUUUAAAAAGUAACUGUUUAUAACUUUCGUUAAAAAAUUUUAUCAAAUAAAAAACAAAAAACGAUUAGAACAAUA